AUGAACCUGUUGAGCAGACUCGUUGGUUUGGGUAGCCCAAGGGCAGCAGACAACAUGAAUUCAACCGCUGCUCAAGGACCAGAUGAUGACAUACCAGCACCAGGUCAACAGUUUGCCCAGUUUGGUGCUGGCUGCUUUUGGGGUGUUGAGCUGGCCUUCCAGAGGGCAUCAGGGGUGAGGAAGACAGAAGUUGGUUAUAGCCAGGGGCAGUUGCAUAAUCCAAGCUAUGAGGACGUGUGUACAGGGACCACACACCACUCAGAGGUUGUCAGGGUCCAAUAUGAUCCCAAUGAAUGUAGCUAUGAGAAUUUGCUUGAUGUGUUCUGGGCUAGACAUGAUCCUACUACACUCAAUCGGCAGGGUAAUGAUGUGGGAACACAAUACAGGUCUGGAAUAUACUAUUACACACCUGAACAAGAGAAGGCAGCCACAGAGUCCUUGGAACAACAACAGAAGAAGCUGAACAGGAAGAUUGUUACUGAGAUCCUUCCUGCCAAGAAGUUCUACAGGGCAGAGGAACACCAUCAACAGUACCUUGAGAAAGGGGGCAGAUUUGGCUCCAAGCAAUCUGCUUCUAAGGGAUGCAACGAUCCAAUUCGAUGCUAUGGUUAG